GCAUCAUGAUACAAGCGGUACUGCCGUGGUUGAUGGGAACGACCACACCCCAGCAGGAGAUAGCCUUUCUGGGAACAACGACGAGACCUCAGCAGCCUCUGUUAGACGCGCCAGUGCCGCAGCUUAUCCCUCUGCUACCGAAGAAAGACAAGCAACCUCUAUGGCGACCUAUCGCAGAGAGAGUAAUACUGACGCUAAGUACGAGGAUGAUGGCUUGCUUCUUGCUGCUAUGUCUGCUUGCUCAGCAUCUGACUCCUCGAGACCGGUAAAACCUACAACUUCUACGUCUUCCGCUUCAGCUUCUGCUUCUAGUGGCAGUAGUAGUACAAACAUGGCAGAAAGUGGAGGAGGUCUAUUCAACAGCGCAUUUUCGAGAAACAAAAGCAGUCGUGCUUCUCUACUUUUCUCCUCAGGAGGAGCUACUAGAAACAAGUCUCAAUCAAGAAUAGACGACCCGUUCCUCUGCGCAGAAGAAGCAGAGGAGAGUCCAGCUGCUUGGGCGUCUUUGGCUUUUAGAAGGUCACGAGGUACGAAGAACUCCUCAACCGAAGCCCAAGAGAUGGGAGAUGGUCCGAGUACGAACCAAGAAGACAUCCGAGGUGAAUUAAGAGUAAGUAGGUUAAAGGUGCUUUUCUUGCCGCUUUUUAUGCCUCUCUCCCUUAGGAGGAGAAAGGCAUAAAAAGCGGGGGAACCCGCGAGCACCAAAAACCUACCUCUAAGUGAAGACAAUACGACAUCCGAGGAUUGCGAAAUCGACUAUUGCCUGAGGUGUUGCGGCCCACGAGCGAUGCAGAAUUGCAGUGUCAGUAUCCAAUACGGAAAUUUCAUGACUAGCGAAGUCCUGAACGCCAUCACGCAUGGCUUAGGAGUGUUGAUCAUACCUUUUCUGGCCCAACGCUUGUACACGAAGUUUCAAGGGGGAGAUGCAGAUUCGAUGCUGAACUGCCCUAAUGCGGCGUUGUCUCUUGGCACGUUUUUGUUUUGUGGCGCCUUGAUGUUUCUGUGUAGUGCCACGUAUCACAGCCUGUUCUACGUUGUUUCGGUCGUGAAAGCAAUGCAGAUUCUCGACCAUAGCGGGAUUUACCUGCUCAUAUCUGGGACUUACUAUCCGAUUAUCACAAUUGGUUGCAAAGACUUGAACUACUCAGCGGCUGCAGGAAGCGCGGGACUCGAUGAUGACACCAGAUCCUUCAACUACGGUCCCAUGAUCUUGACAGCCUGUUACGGACUGCUCACCUUCAUCGGGUUCGCCAUUUCUGUGGCGUGUUCGCAUAAGCGCUGGUACGCGCAUUUUAUCGUGUUGGCCUAUUUGGUGAUGGGAUUUGCCGGAGCACCCUAUAUCUUCAGCCAAUGCUUUGGGGAUGAACUGGGAACUACGUCGUCAACAUCCUCGAAUACGAGUCAAGCAGGGGAAGCUGCUAGAGCUGGCGCACAACUGCAACUUGGUUCCACAACAGGUCGCACAACAUCACCGAGUAGGAGUAGAAAUGCAAAAAUAGAGGGCGAACAGCAAUCUUCUGCUGUUCAUCUCUCACACUCAACAGAUACGCCCUCCUCCACGAGUCCACCUUGUUCCACUGCUACCGCUUUUCUGGCAACACAUGCGGGGGAAAGUCGUGGUACUCAAGAAGCAGCGCAAGAACAGGGAGUUCUUUCGAAUGCUGCAGCGCAAUCCAACAACAAAAAUAGUACUGCCUCUAAUCCUCCUAAUACAUCAUCAACAGCAACAAGACGACAACAAAACAACACGACAAGAAAACAACAACACUCCCAACUCUCUCCGGAUCAAAGCAAGAACACGAGAAAAGUAGAGGAAUUGGAAAAAAAAAUCCGCAGUGACUUCUGGUGGGCCAAGGCACUCAUUAUUGCUGGCGGAGCUGGCUACGUAGCCGGCGUCUAUUUCUUUCUGCAGAGACACUUGCCGUUUUUCCAUGUGAUAUGGCAUCUCUUUGUUCUUGCGGCAUUUUGUCUGCACUACAAAGCUGUGGAUGCCACAGUAGACGCAGCAUUGGCCAAAAGGGAAUAUUUCUCGUUUCUUUCGAGGUUGUAAGGAGCCGGCAUAGUAUCAGAGAAUUUUACCCCAGAUCAUUCUAGCGAUGAUCAGGCGCACAUUUGGUUACCCAUCAUCCAGCUCAACUCCCGUUCACAACCAACACCACACUAAACAUCAGGUUCUGGCGCUGGGUGAUUACAAGCAGUACUUUUGUCAAGAUGUUGAGCAUGAACAUCAACAUCAAGCUGCUAGAGGGAGAGCAGCAGGUUCAUCAGCAGCAACAUCAAGAUCAGCAUACGUCUACGUAGAGCUUAUGUGUAAUUGCGCCCCCUCAACAUAAAGUUCUACGUGUACAUGUUCCACGCUGGGCGCACGAGAAUGAUUUUCCUGUCCUAGAAUGAUUUUUAGUAUACCUUUGCGAUUGCUUUCACUUUCUUCUCGCUCUCGCAUGUCAUAUUCGAGAACGCAUACCUCGCAUCUAUAUCACAUUGAUUCAGCAAGGCAUACGCAGACACGCAGACCCACACACGACAUAGUCUAACAUCUACUUGGUUUCCGUUUCUCUUUUUUUUCAACAUACUAGUUUUCUCAUGUGUCAUAUCGGCAUAGCAUCUUGCUUUAUAGAAUGAAUUAGAAACUCAAACUUAUCGUAGAAGGGCGUAUUGUUUGAAUGCCGCCCGCAUUCAAACGCCAGUAUACCUCCUUUGUUUACCAAUUUUGUAUAUCUUGCAACCAUAAUUAUAACUAACAACUUAAUUGAGGGUCUAUUCACAGUUCGUGAAUGUUUACGUUUCAAUCUUCUACAGAUGGC